AUGUUUAACUUCCUGGUUCUGCAGGGUUCUGGUUCUGAGGAUCAGGCUCGUAUUUUAURUUGAAAGCAGAAGUCAGUGUUCCUGAGGGGCGGAGCCUCUGCUGCUUGACUCCUCCCCCUCUUGUCUCAGACAGACCCAAACCCUGCUGGGGGACCAGAACCGAGACCCGGACAGACGGAGCAGGACGGAACCAGAAGAGGAGUUCUGAUCUGUGACCUGAGAGGGGACUGAGCAGGACCAGGACCAGGACCAGGGUCUGUGUUUGACAGGUUCAGGAUUAUUUCACAGUUCAGACCUCCAGAAGCCCGGUGGACCCAGGACUGACCCGGAGCCCACAGGACCCAGAACCAGGGUCUCAGGACUUGGGGUCUUUAAAUGCAGGAGGACCUGGAGGACCACAGGGAGCCGGAAUGGGUCGGUUCUGUCUGCUGCUGCAGCUGCUGGCAGCUCUGAGUGCAGGGCGGAGCCACGGCGCCGGCGUGCGCACCGACGAGUGUGCGUUCUACAACGACAGCUCUGAGACGCAGCACACCAACCACAGCGCCGUGGAGCUCUGCGAGGACCAGGACCAGGAGGACAAACGGACCCACUGCUACGCCUCCUGGAGGAACGAGUCCGGAGACAUCCAGCUGCUGAAGAAAGGCUGCUGGUUGGACGACUUCAACUGUUACGACAGGCAGGACUGUGUGGCCACGGAGGACAGUCCUCAGGUCUUCUUCUGCUGCUGUGAGGGAAACCUCUGCAACCACAGGUUCACCCACCUGCCGGACCCCAGCAGUCCAGUUCUGUCGGCUCCUCCCAGCAGCCUGGGUGUGUUGAACGUGUUGAUCUACUGUCUGGUUCCGGUCUCCAUGUCCAUGGUUCUGCUCGUCAGCGUCUGGAUGUUCCACCACAGGAAGCCUCCGUAUGGACAGGUGGACAUCUCUGAGGAUCCUGGUCCUCCUCCGGCGUCCCCCCUGCUGGGUCUGCAGCCCCUGCAGCUGCUGGAGGUGAAAGCUAGGGGGCGCUUCGGCUGUGUGUGGAAGGCCCAGAUCCUGAACGAGUUUGUGGCCGUGAAGAUCUUCCCAGUCCAGAARAUUGAGUCGUGGCAGAAUGAGACAGACGUCUUCAGGACUCCGGGGAUGAGACACGAGAACAUCCUGAGGUUUGUGGGAGCAGAGAGACGAGGGACUCACCUGGAGACAGAACUGUGGCUCCUCACAGAGUUCCACCACAGGGGUUCUCUGUCAGACUUCCUGAAGGGGAACAUGGUCAGCUGGACCGAGCUGUGCCACAUAACUGAGUCCAUGGCCCGGGGUCUGGCCUACCUUCACGAGGACAUCCCCCGACUGAAAGGAGACCACCACAAACCGGCCAUCGCACACAGGGAUUUUAAGAGUAAGAACAUCCUCCUGCGGUCGGACCUGACCUCCAUCAUCGCUGACUUUGGUCUGGCCUCUCGCUUCGAGCCGGGGGACCCACCUGGAGAGAUCCACGGCCAGGUGGGCACCAGGCGCUACAUGGCCCCGGAGGUCCUAGAAGGAGCCAUCAACUUCCAGAGAGACGCCUUCCUGCGGAUCGACAUGUACGCCCUGGGUCUGGUUCUGUGGGAGGUGGUGACCCGCUGCCAGGCCGCUGACGGUCCGGUGGACGAGUACAUGCUGCCCUUUGAGGAGGAGGUGGGCCAGCAUCCCACUCUGGAGGACCUGCAGGACCUCGUGGUCCACAAGAAGAUGAGACCACCCAUCAAAGAGCUCUGGCUCAAACACAACGGUCUGGCUCAGGUCUGUGAGACCUUGGAGGAGUGCUGGGACCACGACGCCGAGGCUCGACUGUCCGCCGGCUGCGUGGAGGAGAGGAUCUCCCAGAUCCGACGCCUCAAAACCACCGCCAUCAUAGCUCCGCCCCCUUCUGACCACCACACCCUACUGCUGUCCACCAUCACGCCUGUCACCAUGGUAACUAAUGUGGACAUGUCCCCCAAAGAGGCCAGUGUAUGAAGAGGACUUACAGCUGAGGACACACCUGCUGUCCCUGUCUCUGUCCCCUCUGUGGUCUCUGUCCCCUCUGUGGUCUUGUCUCUGUCCCCUGUGGACUUCUUCAUGGUUCUGUGGUCUCUGUCCCCUGUGGACUUCUUCAUGGUUCUGUGGUCUCGGUCCCCUCUGUGGUCUUGUCUCUGUCCCCUGUGGACUUCUUCAUGGUUCUGUGGUCUCUGUCCCCUGUGGACUUCUUCAUGGUUCUGUGGUCUCGGUCCCCUCUGUGGUCUUGUCUCUGUCCCCUGUGGACUUCUUCAUGGUUCUGUGGUCUCUGUCCCCUCUGUGGUCUUGUCUCUGUCCCCUGUGGACUUCUUCAUGGUUCUGUGG